GUGCGCAGGCAGUGCUCGCGGCGGCGGCGACGGCGGCGGGAGGUUCGGUUGUCGCCCGUUGGCCGCGCGGCGCCGCGCUCGGCGGCCGCCAUUGCAGCUUAUUUUCAGUUGCUUUUUAAAGACGGGAAGCUCAUGGUGCAGAUCAUUAUUUCCAGUGCUGGGGCUGGAGGCCUGGCAGAAUGGGUGCUGAUGGAGCUACAGGGGGAGAUCGAGGCUCGCUACAGCACUGGAUUAGCUGGAAACCUCCUGGGAGACCUACAUUACACCACUGAGGGAAUCCCUGUGCUGAUCGUGGGGCAUCAUAUCCUGUAUGGGAAAAUCAUCCAUCUGGAGAAACCUUUUGCCGUCCUUGUUAAACACACUCCCGGGGAGCAGGACUGUGAUGAUCUUGACUGCAGGAGUGGCACCCAGUACGUGGUAACAGCACUCAUCAAAAACAAGAUCCUUUUCAAAACUCGCCCCAAGCCCAUUAUCACCAACGUCCCCAAGAAAGUAUGAAAGAACCCCGGAUUUUCCCUAGAGAGCGGCCAACUCCUUGGACUCGUGCUCCGCUGCCACCUCGAGGACGGAUGGACAGUUCCCUGGGACCACAAGGGGGUCCUGCUUUAAACACAGGCCACCCUCUGGGUAUGAACUCAGAUCCCUUCCUUAUGGCAACCGGCUCUCUUGGUGGAAAUUUGGCCCCGUUUCCAAGGAACCCGUCUCCUUUUCCAACUUCAUCAGGCUCAUUGGCUUCAAAUCCAGCACCUUUCCCUGCUGGUGCUCGUGACCCAGGCAUGGCUUCUUUUCCAAGAGGGAUGAAUCCCACUGGCACAGGGAUACAUUGGCCUGCAGGUUCCAAUUCAUAUGCGGUCCCCUGCUCACCACCGGAGAAUCAGCUCACUGCUGUCUAGAAAUGUUGCGUUGGUGAGUGGACCAUGCUUCAGCAGCGCUGACCUGGUCACGCUCUACUGCCAUACCUUCCCCUGGGGGCUGGAACACAGAACAGGGAAGUGCAGCCACUUCAGAGAGCCACCAGAUUUCUGCUGGCCUGACCGGGCCUGCAACUCCCUUCUCCUGGGACUUACUUAGAGAAGGCCAGGAUCAAGGCUCCACUGCUCAUCCUGCUCCCUCUCCACUGGUACUCCCAAUCAGAGAACCUCAAAAUUAAACUGACGUGGAUGGGGUUAUGGGAAUUGGGGUGGGGGUGGGGGGAGUGAAGGGGAGAAAUCACUGUGCUUCGUUCAGCCUGAUGUGAAAGGAUGGUUGGUGUUUUCCUGCAUUGUACCUUUUCUUACUGUUUCUUUAAUAAAUGGGACGAGAGGGCUA